UCAGUCCGGCAUUCUAUUCCACCUCGUCGUUCAACUGUUUCUUUCGCGAUCUGAGUCAUAGCAAGGUACUACCAUCGCAACCAACUCUAGAGGCGGUGUCUUUGUCCACAUCAGCGAAAAACAAUAUCUAGUCGAUAGUGUAGAGUGUCCUAGUGGUUUUCCUUAAUCUCCAGAUGAAGCAAAGUAUUUUCAGUUCGUACGAUUAUUGUUUAAAUGUUUAAGAAAACCCCCAAAAAAAGAAUGGAAGAAUUUCGUGAAUUGAACUGGGAUCCCAUAACCUCCUACACAGAUUAUUCCAAACCCACCCAUAUCGCCUGCACGACAAGAAUAGACCCCAAAGUAGCUCUCACCACCUUGAGAAACAUCAUACAAUCCUCCAACGACCAAGAACUCAAGCAAAACUUCCCACAAGACGACAAAAGUCUCAACAAGUUCUUAAACGCUCGGAAACUCAAUGUAGACUCAGCCUUCAAACUCAUUCACAACUACUACUGGUACAGGAAGAAGAACGCCACAAUAUUCCGUAAUAUGACCAUAGAAAACUGUGACAUAAAGGACUGCAUAAGAAGCUGUCUCCCAGGGGUUCUACCUUCUAAGGAUAGGAAAGGUAGAUGCGUGCUUCUAUUUCUUGCUAACAAUUGGGACUGUACAUAUGGGCUCAUCAGUAUAUACAGAACCCUACUGUUCACUCUGGAGUACCUCCUGGAAGAUGUCCACAAUCAAUCCAACGGUUUCGUGGUUAUCGUCGAUUGGACUGAGUUCUCUUUCAGAAAAACGUCACAUUUUGGGCCUAGUAUCCUAAAAUUGAUCGUGGAAGGGUUACAAAACUGCUUUCCAGCCAGAUUCAAAGGCGUACAUUUUCUUGGACAACCUUGGUACGUUGAGGCAGCUCUCAUGGCAAUAAAGCCGUUUUUGAACGAGAAAAUUAAGGAUAGGAUUUACAUGCAUGGUAAUAAUUUAAGUGUGUUGCAUGAGCAUGUCCACAAAGAUGUUUUGCCAGCUGAGCUAGGUGGUGAAAGACCAAGUUACAAUCCAGAACAGUGGUUGAAGACAGUCGAGAAUGGACAGAAGAUUAUUUGAGGGAGUUAAGACGCACCUUUAACCAAUUUUUUUUAGUUUAAUGUUGGAAAGUGAAAUGGAAGGACUGAGUUCUCCAAAAUUGGGAACAUUGACGAUCUCAUGAGCUUCACUAAGUCAAAAGCGAAGAUGCUGAAUUUUGUGGAGAAGUUUGAUGAUGACAGAACCGUACAUAUUUCCAAUAAAAAAUAAUUUAACUUUCGUAUGUCUCUUGGCAAUUUCAGAAAUUUUAUAAAUGUUAGGUAUAAAAGAGGAACUAGAGUUUUUAGCUCUGAAUGAGGUACAACAUCAACUCUGAAAAUUUAUUUAGAUGAAAAUUUGUUUAAACUUUACUGUCAUCAUGGUUAACGGGCUUUUCAAAAUUAAUUUCAAUAUUAUUUAUUUGUUGUGAUAGGUUUUAAAUUAUGUUUCAUGAUAAAAAUAUGAUAACCUCUUUGGACAUCAGGACAAUUAUUGUAAAGAGUACGAAAUAACAUCUUUUGAUAUUCAAAAGAAUUUAAUCGAACACAAACAAAGAAUAAUAUAAAUUGUUAUUCAAGUUCUGAAGAAAAAUUAAUUUAUAUUUUUGUAUUUUGCUGGAACUGCUUGGACAAUAAUAGUCACAAUAUUAAAUUGAAUCUCCAAAAUAUUGUAAGUAUAUAAAUAAUUCCUUAUUUUUCUGAGAUUAGUAUUUGUGAUAGUAAACCAGUAUUUUAGGAAAUGUUAUUGGCUUUAUUGUGUUCAACACUGUCAAUUAUUUGACCCAGUCACUGUAAAUAAACAAUUCUAGUAGAUUAGGUGUAGUUUUUAAAUUGUGACAUGAAGAAAAUAAAUAAUUCUGUAGAAA